AUGUAAACAAAAUUAUUAACUAGAAGCUUCUUUAUGGACUUUAUCACAAGAAUUCCCUUAUUAUUUGAUGAAACUAUCCUUCAAAUGAAUAGAAAUGCUAGAGCACCUAAAAAAGCUAAUCAUGGAGCAAGACCAUGUUCUUCUGUUGUUAGAAGGUAAUUGUUUAAGAUUAUAAUGUUCAGAUUGAGACAUGCUAAACAAUAUAGAAAAUCAAGGGAAAAUACUCCUUUAGAAUAGGAAGAAUUAACUUCAAAAUGGGAUGAUCUUUGAAAGAGCAUUAAAUAUAAAAUAUAUUAUUGGUGUAUAUUUA